AUGGCAAAACAACCCCCUCCAGCUUCCUCCUUCCCUCCCUCAAUGGGACCUGGCGCAAUGCCUUAUUCAGACACGAACUCCCCUGCAGAUGCAUAUCCUAAUUCGACAUCCUCCGAAGCAGUCGAUCCCCGGACCUCUUAUGUUGUUGGCCUCACCGACGAUGCCAUUACUAUAAGGACUCUCGAGGGCCGUGAUCCAUUAUACCAAGUCUACUUCGACAACAUGCCCCUAACGGGUUAUAAAAGAUGGCUUCUUUACGGUGGUCCUACUAGGGCAUAUGCCUCCUCGCUGACCUUUUCCGACCUCCUUCGUCGCACUGAAACCAUAGCUGACAGACAUCUCACCCAACAAGAAGCAGAGGGCCUAGCAUAUCAAUCCUCAAGACGUUCCUUGUUUUCCGCCACCGGAAAUCUGUUAGGAGUGGCUGCUGGUUAUACUAUUGCCUGGCGUUCUCGUGGGAAGAUGAAGUUUCCGUUCCGAGCUCCUCAACCUUUGACAAGAUACAGCAACUUUCCGAAUCGAUACAUCCCUCUCUUCAGGGGUGAAUAUGCCCGUACUGCCUGGCACAUGACCAGAGCAAACAUUUGGGCUUUUCUUUGGGUGGUUCUUCUAUCCCCCGUUUUCUCUACGAUGGGAGCCUACUCUUUCGCUGUUGGCCUCGGCGCAGACCAGCGUACUAAACAUUUGGCCGAUAUGAUAACCCAAUUUUCCAAGGACCAACGUAACGACUUACACAGACGCCUAGCCCAACGAGAGGGUGAGCGUGCUGCCCGUCAACAAGGUGAUUCGCACUCGAAGACUUCUACCGGCCAGCUUUACCCUCAAAGAACCACCGAAGCCUCCGAAGAUCAGCAUCCCCAAGAGUGGGAGCGCGAUUCCGCUACGAACUCAGAGUCCCAGACUGGUACCUUCCGCGAUGCGGAAAGUUUCGAAUCCCAGAAAUCAAUACCUUCUUCAUCGAGGACAACUGCCCGUCCACAGCCCCCACCAGACCAGACUUCGCGACAAGAUCAAGGUGUCUUUUUCUAUGAAGAUAAUGACACGUCUUCCAAUUACGAUGAUGAUGCGUCUCCAACCGCCGGCAACAGAAACAGGUCUCCAUCGCAAGGUGGAAAUACCUGGGCUCGUAUUCGGAGAGGGGAGAGCUCUACCUCUCCAAGCCAACCGGCACCGCAAUCCGGAUCCUCACAAGAUUCUUCUCCUUCUGCAGGUGGCUGGAGGCGAUCAGAGACUCCAUCACAAAGGGAACCCCAAUUCCAGAAUUCGAGCGACAGUUUCUCUUUCUCCAAGACCGAAGCCGAUAAACAAUUCGCCCGCGACCAAGCACAAAAGGAGUUUGACGACAUGCUUGACCGGGAGAGGAAACAGAGCGGGAGCGACGAUUAUGAUCGUGGAAUGAAAGCCGUCGCUUCCGGUCAGGAGAACCAAGCUAAUUCCGGCAUGAGCUCCUGGGAACAGAGGCGGAGGAGAGAUUGA